AUGGUUAGCUGUAAUAAUAGUAGUAAUUGUCAUCAUCAAUCACAGCAACCAUCACCACCACCUCAACAACAACAAAAUGGAAGUAGUAUAUACGGUAUUGUUAAUGGAUCGGGUUGUUCCACCAGUGGUAAUUAUACAGUAACAUUGGAUGAUAAUUUACCUUCUGUAGGAGUUUCGGAUAAUACUUCAAUUCCUGAUACUGUUAGCAAUCCAACAUUUGAUUGUUCGCAUCAUACACCUGUUAUUGUGGCACGAAGUGCCUCAUCAUCAUCAACAUUGUCGUCAUUAUUAGCAACAACAACGAUAAGGGAUGCAAGAACGGGAAUACAUAUUCAGCAUCAAUAUCAUUCAUCAUCCGGAAAAUCAUUAAUUCGUCGUGGUGCAAUAUAUGGUGGUAGUACAAUAACAGCAUUACCACCACAUAUUUCAUGCAAUUCUACCACUACAGGUUAUCAUCACUCAUCAAAUGUUACAGCAACACCUGUAGUACAGUCAUCAUCAACUUCAAGUUUUGUUUGUCCAUCUAACUUCUUGCAACCAUACUAUAGCUUAUCGCCAAGUCUAAGCGAAUUUAAUGUAUUACAAAUGUGCUGCCAGCCAUUAUUCACGGAAAUAGCAUCGCAAGGGACUGAUAUAUCGCCUAGUGCUGAAUCUUUGUACGGAUUCGCUAGUCGUCUCCAUCCAAUCACUCAGACUGGUAAGUAUACUUAA